CACUGCACAGGACCAUCUCGUUCCGCAGUACCCUCACCUUUCUCCGAUUCUACGUUCUCCCACACAAACACACCGGCAAGAGCUACCGCUUCGAAUGGGCGACUGAAUGAUAUCCUCCAUACUCGAGAGUCGUAAAUUAGAGGCACCUUCUCUGUCGAAUCGACUACCGAAUCCCUUUCCUUCAAACUCUCCCUCCAGCGAACUUCGUCUUGCUUGAGCUACGGUUUGCGACGGUCGCCCGACACACAUCCAGACCGUAUCAUUCUCCCCAAGUACAACAACGCUACUCCUCUUGAACAAACGAAUUGAUUAUACUUCCAAACGGCCAAUACACGAAGCUAUCCGUCAAUAUUACAAUGGCAGCCAACGAAGCAGCCGUCCCCAAUUUGGGGGGUGCUUCCGCUCAACCAAAGGCCGGCCGAGCCUCUCCGGCGCCCCAAUCGAAGCGCGACCGCAAGCGCCAGGCACUUGUCGACAAGAUCGCCAACCUGCAAGAGAAAUUCAGUCGGGAUCGUGACCUCGGGUACCGCGAUCAGCUUCAAAAGGUCCAGGUUGACACCAACCUCGUCCAGCGCAUCGACCCCUACGCCGACGAUGUCCUGAACAUCAUCGCGAGUCUGCGACAGGAACAUGAGGAGACGCAAGGACAAGAGGCGCUAUCCGACAGCAACCGCACUCUGCUCCAGAUGGCGGGCCCCAAUUUCGAGGACUUUGUCCAGGGCAUUGAGGACCUCGUUGAGUACAGAGACUUUCAUUUGCUUCAGCACAUGCACGAGCACGAGCGCCGCCUCCACCAGUACAAGAACGAAUACCUCUACAAGGUCGAAACCGCUAAGCGCGAGCAUCAAGCCCUUUCUUCAACACUCCGCGAUAGACUUGUUAAUACCCUGCUGUCGAGGAAGUACCGCCUGAACAAGGAGAAGGAAGCCUUGGAGAUCUCAGAUUCCUCGGCGCUGCUGCUCCACCCCAACCAGUUCAGCAUCACCAACCCGGCAAGCCCCGGUGGCACUCACGGAAAACGCGCGACGAGAUUACGCAAGGACGCCGAAGAGCUUGCCAGCUAUGCUGACAGCAAGAAGCGCAAGAGGCACCCCGGCGAAGACGACGGCUCCCCCGUUCCGUCCCGACGAGCGCUCGACCCCAACAACACAACACCUCUCUGGCAGAACGAGAAGCUUCGAGUCGCCGCGAAACAAAAUGGCCCGGCCUACAGCAUUGAUAAGCUCUUCACUGAGAAAGAACUCAGCAUGGCCUACAACGCCGCAGCCGUUGCUUCCCACAAGCAUAUUCUUAGACACAAGCCCUAUGCGAACGGGGGCUCAUCCCCGGGCAGCGACUCUGGCAACGGCGAUGAAAACGGUGAACAUGACAGCGAGGCCCUCUCCGCCCCGACGAUGGAACGCACAAGUUCCCAUGCCACUAGAAGCACGAGGGCCGGCAUCAAUCAGAACCUGAUCGAUGCCGUCGAGGGAGCCAAUGGCUUGGAACUGCCCAAGUACCUCGAAAUCAUGCAGCCACACGAACCUGCCAAACUGCCGUCAGUCUCCGUGACCAACUACUUCAAGCCGGUCAGAGGUAAUACUGACGGUAACCUGCCGCAACCGCUGUCGCACGACGAGAUCAACUCCGACAUAAUGGUCAUGGACAUGUUCAAGAAGUACGACUACAACCACAAGCCCGGUGACUCGAUCGACCAUCCCAAUGGCAGCAGGAGGAUCUUGGAAGCAUCCAUUACGCCUUAUACCAUGACUCCGUACACGGGAUUCAAGCCAGGCCCUCGUCCGGAUCCAACAAAACUCCGCGAGGAUUUGAUGCCGAUUGAGAGCAGCAUUAGAGACGAGGCUCCCCCAUCAUCCCUCGCUGCCAUUGCGGCCGUCCCCAUGAGCCGUACCAGCAGCGCAACCGGCGGCGCAGCGAUGAGCCGACAGGGAAGUGCGCGUGGUAAGGGUCGUAAGAACCAGAACCAGUGACGACGUACGAGCAGUUGAAUGGUGUUUCGGCGUUUGGGAAACAAAAUGGUUUUGAUCCGGGCAAAGGAUAUUUGGUAGGAGUGUAUUCGAACGACUUUUGGGGGUAAUCAUCAACUCCAUUGACUGCGGUCAAACUCCACAGCAUCGAGCAAGCUUUCAUCUCGUUUCUCUCUUUUUCUUUUCAUGAUGGAGGGGUGCAUCUAGUGGACAAUACAUCGAACCACAGCAAAGGUUGGCAUAUAUGAUGUGGCAGAGGGGUGGUGCAACAACGGAUAGACAACAGUCUCGUCCAUAUUUAUAGGGG